AGUUGGCAACGAAAACAGAGUCGGCCACGAAAGAACGUGCGGAAGGAAGGUGGUUGCUUCCUGUCGAUAAUUCAUUAAAUAUCGAUCGGAACCGAUUUGCUCCCAUCAGCUAGAGCGUGCAGCAGCCACUAUGCGUCACGCAAAGUUCAUCGCUCGCACGGUGCUUGUGCAAAACAACAACGUCGAGGAAGCUUGCCGAGUUUUGAAUCGUAUUUUGGGGAAGGAAGAAAUCUUUGACCAGUUUCGGCGGACCCGAUACUACGAGAAGCCAUUUCAGACUCGCCGCCGCAUUAACUUUGAACGCUGCAAAUCAAUCUACAACGAGGACAUGAACCGGAAGAUCCAGUUUGUGUUGCGAAAAAAUCGCAUUGAUCCGUUCCCGGGUUGUAGUUAAAUACAUCAGUAAAACGUAGUACCAACUUGCAGUG